CAACCUCCUUUUUUUUUGCAAAGAUUCCAGUUCUUGUUGCUUUAAUUUUUCUUUUCUGAGUUUUUCCUCUCUUUUUUUUUAAAUGAAAUGUGCUAAUUUCUAAUGGGUUCUUUCCGUAGUUUGAAUUGUUUCAACAUUGCAGGUGCCCUUUUUCUUACUGUUUUAAAAAUUUCUGUUUUUUUUUCUGUCUCCAUUUGAUCAAACCAAUGUUAUGUUUUGUUGUAGGUGAAUAAAAUUUAACCUUCCAAUGCUAUUCCGACUCAAACGAAACGAUGUUUAGUAAAAACGAAAAUAUGAAAAGAAAUGUUAAUAAUUUUUUACAAAAGAAAAGCUACAUAUGAAAGAUAACUGAUUAGUUAAAGGGGGAAAUCUGACAAUAACAAUGGCCAUUUUCCAGUGAUAUCAGUCACCAGAAAACAAAAUGGCGGCCAAUAUAACGUUAAACUGGCAUCUAUAUCUACAGUCGUGUUCAUUGAAAAGAAUAUGAUUCAAUGUUAUUUAUUUAAUUUGUGUUUAACUGGAGUUUAUCUUAUCAGUUUAAAGUUAGAUAAAAUUGAUGAUUUCUAAUAUGUUUGAUUUUGUAAUAACAGAAUCUCCACCGAAUACUAGUAGUGACGAGGAAAGGUAUUCCAGGCUCUCGAUUGCCAUCAUUGAAACUUUAACCAACAUUCUACGAGAUGUUAUAACAUCUCAAAUUUCUGCCAGCCAGAUGUAUCAAAAGUGUGUCCCAGUCUUAAAAUACUUCUCACCUAAACAGGAGACAAUUCUUACAAAGUUACAGUAUUCUAAUACAUACAAAUCGUUAGAUAUCACAUUAAUUUACAGACUAUUAAGACAGUUUUCGUUGAUAUCUCAACCAACAAAAGGAUGGGGAUACAUUCCAGACAUAGUAGAUAUUACAUUAGGAGACGAUAUUGAACGAAUACGAUGCUACAGAAAUCAAAUUGCUCAUCGAGUCGACACCAAUAUCGAUAAUAAUGAGUUUAAUGAUUACUUCGAUAAGUUUCGUAAUAUUGGUAAUAAAAUGGAUCUUUAUUUUGACCAAAAGACGGAUUAUGAAAGGAGAAUAAUUUGGCACAAAACGUGUAUCCUGGAUGCAGCAAUGCAGACAAAAUAUGAAAAUGCAAUGAAGGAGAUGGAACAUAUAAAACUGAGAUUCGUGAGAUUCGAAAAGAGACCAGUAAAAUUUUACUGGGGUGAAAGCUUUGAUGCGAGUUUGAAGAUCCUUAGAACAAUUAUAAAGGAUGAGAAUGCAGAAGGAAGGACGAAACUCCGUCUACAGAUCAUCUUCCAGAACGAUGAUGAAGUUGAGAAAACUGUUAAAAUCCUUAAUUCACUAAAAGAGGAAAUAAAUGAAGGCUUAUAUGGUAUAGAAUUUAUUGUUGCUGAAAAAGGCAGUGUAAUUUUGACUGUAGAUAUAUUGGCGGAAACGUUGGAAACAGAUGAAAAACUACACGCGACCCUGGCUUUAUUCGUAGAAAAAAUUUUGAAGCGCAUUACAACGUCCACUACAGAGAGUAUUGAUAUGGUAGUGUUACCUGUAGAAGAGAACACACAAUGGAAUAAACCAAAAGCCAUGGGAGAACAAGUUUACUUAAAAUUUGACAUAGAGGCCCAGUUACUUGAAACUGACGAACAAAUGGUAGAGCAAUUACGAAAAAUAUCUGACGCCAUUUUAAAGCAUUCAAACGGAAGCGGAGCAAAUCAUAAUAUUACUGCAACGCUCCUACCUAUCAAUCUUGAAGAUAUAACUACCACAGAAGAAAAUAUGGCCCAGGCUCAAAGACCUGCCAAAUGCACCGUUCCUGUUUCUGUCAACUUGCGUCAACAGUUAAAUAUCAAAAGUUAUAAAAAGUUCAGCAUUUUGAGCUGUAUCAAAAUAGGCAAUACAUUAGCGUUUCCCAACUAUAUUAAUGACUAUAUUAAUAACCAACUUAUUAUCUGUAGUUCAGACGGUACUAAUUUCCAUCACAUUCCUCUGCACUAUCAGCCAUGUUAUAUAACUGAGAUAAAAAGUAAUACUGUAGCAGUAUCCUGUACAGGUGACAGAGCCUUAUUGAUAAUAAAUAUAUCUACAGGUUAUGUUAGCAGUACAAUUAAUACCAAUGAUUACUGCUACGGAAUAUCAUAUUAUGAUAAUAACCUGUACGUUGUUAUUGAUCUGAGUAUAAUACAUGUGAUGGACCUGACAGGCAGAUUAAUACGUAAUAUAACUUUACCGUAUCCACAACAUUACAGUUGA